AUGCCGGGCCAGUGGAUGGCCACGUUCUCCGUCAGCAGCGAGUUCUUGACCCGGACCACCACGGUGUCGCCCUGCACGGCGCGGAUGGUCGGGCCGGGGGUCUCGCCGUUGAUGGUGACGGCGAGCUUGCGCACGCAGUCCGAGUGCUUGAACUGGAUGGACGACGCAGACAGUAGCUUCACGUUAGAAAUGCGGAUUGUUGCUCCAAACUGUCGUGGUCAGUGGUAUGAACUGAGCAAAGUUGUAGAUGCUGACCGCAUUAAUUUCAAAGACUUCGUUGAUGAAGUUGUGGAGACCAAUCCUCAUGGUUACGGCGAGUUAGUGAAAGUUUACUAUUGGGCCUUGGAUACAAAGGUCAACAUCGAGUUGUGCACUGACCAAGACUUGCUUCACAUGUUUGAAAAACAUAGUGUUUCCAAAUGUUGCUUCGUUACCUUUGCAUAUUACAAGCCAAGUAAUGGUCCCCCUCAGAUUCCACUUUGGGACAUUGGUACUACUUCCAAGUCUGUUGAAACCUCAUUCACCCCUUCAAUUGGUGAUCCAAGCUUAGGAGAGCCAAGCCACAGCACACAUACUCAGUCUGAUGAACCUGAAAUCCUGCCUAACCCACACCCAAUGAAUGAGCAUGUUGGUGUUGAUGAUGAGGUGUUAUACCUUGACUUUGGUCCCAGCUACCAACCACAACCACCCCCAAAUCCUAAAGCUUAUGAGAGUUCUGAGGAUGAAAUCUGUUCUGAUUCAGAUGUGAGUGAUGAGUCUGAUGAUGAGAUGGUUUCAGAUAGGGUCCCUGAUGGUUUGCCUGAUCUUAAUUAUGAUAAGAAAAAUCCACCUAUGGCUGUAGGAACUUUGUAUUCAGAUAUGGAUGCCUUUAAGAUUGCUUUAGCUACUCAUUGUGCUAUUGGAGAGCACCAGUAUGUAAUUGACAAGAGUGAUCCAGGGAGGUAUAGGGUGCACUGCAAGUUCAGAGAGGAGCUGGACUGUCCAUGGAGAAUUCAUGCCUCAGCUCUGAAGGAUGGUGUGACAAUUAAGAUCAAAAGGAACCCACAUGAACAUGAUUGUCAGGCUGCUAGUAGGGUUGGAGUGUGUGUUGGGAUCACUCAGUUAUGGGUUUGUGAUAAAGUGCUGGACUGGUUGAAGGAAGAUCCCAACCUUAGAAUUAAAGAGCUGACAAGGAGGUUGAAGGCUGAGUACAAAGUAACUGUGCCAUACAGGAGAAUGUACAAAGGUAAAAAUCUAGCCAUGGACAAGCUUUUUGGGCAUUGGGGUAAAAGUUUUGAGAAUUUGUUUAGGCUUAAGGCCCAGAUAGAGGAAUCUAGUCCUGGUUCAUCUUUUGUCAUUGAUCACCACACCAUAAACAAUAAGAUCAGGUUCAGAAGACUAUUCUUUGCACUCAAACCAUGUGUAGAUGGAUUCCUUAGAGCAUGCAGACCAUAUCUUGCAGUAGAUAGUACUUUUUUGAAUGGAAGGUUCAGAGGGCAGUUGUGUAUAGCCUGUGCAGUUGAUGGACAUAAUUGGAUGUAUCCAGUUGCAGUGGGGGUAAUUGAUUCAGAGGACUGUGAUAAUUGGCUGUGGUUUAUGAGUAGGUUGAGAGAUGUAAUUGGAUUCCCAGAUGGACUUUGUUUCCAUACAGACUGUGGUCAGACAGUCAUGAGUGGGGUUUCUGAAGUUUUUCCUGGUGUUGAACAUAGGGAGUGCAUGUACCACUUAGUACAAAAUUUCAAGAAAAGAUACUCUGGCAAGGUGUUUGAUGACCACUUAUGGGCUUCUUCAUAUUCAUGGAGCAACUACAUGUUUGAGAAGCAUUACCAGGCAAUGGCUGAUGCCAAGCCUGAGGCAAUGGUGUAUCUGCAUGAGAACCACAAGAAGCUGUGGUCUAGGAGCCAAUACAGGUUGGGCUCCAAAGUGGACUAUGUGACCAACAAUCUGGCCGAGUCAUUCAACAAUUGGAUCAAGCCUGAGAAGGCAAAGAACCUAGAUGACUUGCUGGACACAAUAAGGCAGAAGAUAUUGAUCAAAUGGAACCAUAGGAAGAGGGUGGCCAUGAAGUUUACUGGAAAGAUUCUGCCUCACAUUGAGAAGCAGCUGAGGGAAAAAAGUUUCAAUUUGGAUAUUCAAGUGAUAACAUCUUCUCCUGAAGGUGUGGCAGAGGUAUGUGCAAAGGGAGUCAAUCUAGCCUAUAGAUUUGUGGUCGAUUUGGAACUGAGAAGCUGCACCUGUAGGGUUUGGCAAGGCACAGGAAUCCCUUGCAAACAUGCAAUUGCUUACAUCACUUCCAUCCCUGGUGCCAGACUGGAAGAUUUUGUGUCUGACUACUACUCUGUCCAUAAUUUUAAGCUUGCAUAUCAAGGUUCCAUCCCUUGCAUUCCAGACAAGAGCAUGUGGCCCACAUCCAACCAUGGAUUCUUCAUGCACCCUCCACUACUUAGGGCAACAGCAGGAGGAAGAAGGAAGAAUAGGAUGAAAGGGACUUUUGAAGGUGGUAGCAGCCAGAAGGAUAGAAGGCAUCAGUGCCCAAUAUGCUAUCAGAAAGGGCAUCAUUGGGAAACCUGCAAGAAUGGGAAGCCUGAAGACAUAGCUGCAAUGAUAGCUGAAAGAUGA